AUGAACGAAGUUGAACGACUAACUGGUAUUUAUCAUGAAACACAAGAAGGCUCACUUUGCGCUCAACAUGCAUUAAAUAAUCUGUUACAACGUGAAUAUUUCUCAGCUAUUUCCCUAGCAGAUAUUGCACGUGCUAUCGAUGAGCAAGAGAGAAGUGUGCUAGGACAUCGAUCCGGUGAAUCAGAAAACAUGGAUGAUACGGGAUUUUUCAGUAUUCAAGUUCUACAAAAAGCUUUAGAAGUAUUUGACAUUGAACUUGUUCCCUAUGCGAGUCAACAACCUAUGGCUCAACAAGCACGUGCAGAUCCACAGUCAGUCCAAGCGUAUAUCUGUAAUUUACGUGAACACUGGUUAACCAUACGACGUUUUGGCUCACAAUAUUUUGAUUUAAAUUCGAUUUCGACUGUGCCUAAACUAGUUUCGAAUACAUAUUUGCAAUUAUAUCUCGCACAAUUACAACAGAGUGGAUAUUCAAUAUUUAUCGUCAAUGGAUUUCUGCCGCCAUGUCUUGCGGAUGAAAAACUGUUGAAUAAUACAAUUGAUGCUGCGUAUUACCGCUCGUUAACUGAACGUACCGAUGCUGAAAGAAAAAACAAGAACAGAACGUCAUCAUCAUCAUCAUCAUCAUCAUCGGCCGCCUUCAACGACCAAGACAUUCAACGUGCAAUAAAAGCGAGUGUCGAAUUAGAUAAUGCGGAAGACAAAGCAUUACAAAAGGUUCUCGCUCAAUCAUUACAAGAUGCAGAUGAUGCAGCGAAUAAAAGAUUACUGGACGAAGCGAUUGCUGCUAGUUUACAAAAUGACUCAACCGAAACAAAAAAGGAGAAUCCUCCUCCAGAACCUGUUAACACAACAGAACCUACUCUAGAAGAACUUCGACAACGUCGCCUUCAAUUCUAUGAUAAUAAAGACAAAGACAAAUCAUCAAAAUCAGAUGCAAAACCGUCCGACUCGACUGACUGA